ACAAGAAAUGACAAGAAUAUAUUCACUACAGUGAAGUUUCCUCCCAGCUCGCCAUUAGUAUUCGAUUAACAAAGUCAAAACCACAAAACAGACCAAUUCAAUCUUCUCAUCUUUAUUCAUUUCUUUUCUUAAAAACAUCUCCCCACCGAUUCAUCACACACCUCAAAUCGGGUUUUGCGGCGCUUUGAUUCGCGUUGGAGUUGGAUUCUUACAAGGUAGUAGCAGUGGUGUUGCUGAAUUGACUAUGGAUAUGAAUAUCGAGAAUUCGAAGGAUAUCGAUGAGGAUCUUCAUAGUAGGCAGCUUGCUGUGUACGGGCGCGAGACGAUGAGGCGGUUGUUCGCUUCGAAUGUUCUUGUUUCUGGCAUGAGAGGCCUUGGCGUUGAAAUCGCAAAGAACCUUGUACUAGCUGGUGUCAAGUCUGUCACUCUGCAUGAUGAAGGGAAUGUUGAGUUGUGGGAUUUAUCCAGCAACUUCAUUUUUACAGAGAAUGAUAUUGGUAAGAACAGAGCACUUGCUUCUGUUCAAAAACUUCAGGAACUCAACAACGCUGUUGCUGUAUCUACCUUAAUGUCAAAAUUGACAAAAGAGAAGCUAUCUGAUUUUCAGGCAGUUGUUUUUACUGAUACCAAUUUGGAGACGGCGAUUGCAUUUAAUGAAUACUGUCAUAAUCAUCAACCUCCUAUUGCAUUUAUAAAAACGGAAGUGCGAGGUCUUUUUGGUAAUGUGUUCUGUGAUUUCGGCCCAGGAUUUACUGUGGCUGAUGUUGAUGGUGAAGAACCUCACACCGGUAUUAUUGCAUCUAUCAGUAACGACAAGCCUGCAUUUGUGUCGUGUGUUGAUGAUGAAAGGCUCGAGUUUCAGGAUGGGGAUCUUGUUGUAUUCUCAGAAGUUAGGGGAAUGACAGAACUCAAUGAUGGAAAGCCACACAAGAUAAUUAAUUCAAGACCAUAUUCUUUUAAUCUUGAGGAAGAUACCACGAAUUUCCAUGCAUAUGAAGGAGGAGGUAUCGUAACUCAAGUGAAGCAGCCUAAAGUCUUAGAUUUCAAGCCAUUGAAAGAGGCACUUAAGGAUCCAGGCGAAUUUUUGCUGAGUGAUUUUUCCAAAUUUGAUAGGCCACCUCUCUUGCACUUGGCUUUUCAAGCACUUGACAAGUUUGAGUCUGAGUUAGGACGAUUACCUGUUGCUGGUUCAGAAGAAGAUGCACAUAAACUUGUAUCUAUUGCUGGAAACAUCAAUGAUAACUUGAAUCAUGGGAAACUGGAUGAUAUUGACCCAAAGCUUCUGCGGCACUUUGCAUUUGGUGCCCGAGCUGUUCUGAAUCCUAUGGCUGCUAUGUUUGGUGGAAUUGUUGGUCAGGAGGUUAUGAAAGCAUGCUCGGGAAAGUUUCAUCCACUUUUCCAGUUCUUCUAUUUUGACUCGAUUGAGUCACUCCCUACUGAGCAGCUGGAUCUUAAUGACUUCCGACCGUUAAACAGCAGGUAUGAUGCACAGAUAUCAGUUUUUGGGGCUAAACUCCAGAAGAAACUAGAAGAUGCUCAGGUGUUUGUUGUGGGAUCUGGUGCUCUUGGCUGUGAAUUCCUGAAGAAUUUAGCUCUGAUGGGAGUUUCUUGUAGCAGUCGAGGAAAGCUAACUGUAACUGAUGAUGAUGUUAUUGAGAAGAGUAACCUCAGCAGGCAAUUUCUUUUCCGUGAUUGGAAUAUAGGACAGGCCAAAUCAAGUGUUGCUGCUACAGCUGCUGCAUUGAUAAAUCCUAGUUUUAACAUAAAUGCAUUGCAGAAUCGUGUUGGCCCUGAGACAGAAAAUGUUUUUGAUGAUACCUUUUGGGAGAAUCUAAAUGUUGUGCUUAAUGCCUUGGACAAUGUUAAUGCUAGGCUCUAUGUUGAUCAGAAAUGCUUGUAUUUUCAAAAGCCACUUUUAGAGUCGGGAACCCUAGGGGCCAAGUGCAACACCCAGGUGGUUAUUCCUCAUCUAACUGAGAACUAUGGUGCCUCGAGGGAUCCACCAGAGAAACAGGCACCCAUGUGUACUGUCCAUUCAUUCCCUCACAACAUCGAUCAUUGCUUGACAUGGGCCCGAUCGGAAUUUGAAGGUUUGCUUGAGAAGACACCAGCUGAAGUGAAUGCAUAUCUUUCCAAUCCAAGUGAGUAUACCAAUGCUAUGAUCAAUGCUGGUGAUGCUCAGGCCAGGGACAACUUAGAACGGGUUCUUGAGUGCCUUGACAAGGAAAGAUGUGAAACAUUUGAAGAUUGCAUUACAUGGGCUCGUUUAAGGUUUGAAGAAUAUUUUUCUGACCGUGUGAAACAGUUGAUUUUUACUUUUCCAGAGGAUGCUCCAACUAGUACCGGAGCUCCAUUUUGGUCAGCACCCAAACGUUUUCCUCAACCACUGCAGUUCUCUACCUCUGAUCCAAGUAAUCUGCAUUUUGUCAUGGCAGCAUCCAUACUACGUGCUGAAACAUUUGGCAUCUCUGUUCCUGAUUGGGUAAAGAAACCCAAGGCAUUGAAAGAAGCUAUUGAUAAAGUUAUGGUCCCUGAAUUUAGACCACAGGCAGGUGUCAAAAUUGAGACUGACGAGAAAGUCACAAACCUAACUGCUGCUUCUAUAGAUGACAGUGCAGUCAUAGAUGAACUAACCACAAAGCUAGAGCAGUUACGCAAGACUCUUCCGUCCAGUUUCAGGAUGAAACCAAUUCAAUUUGAGAAGGAUGACGAUACAAAUUACCACAUGGACAUGAUAGCUGCACUUGCCAACAUGAGGGCAAGAAACUACAGCAUCCCUGAAGUUGAUAAGUUGAAAGCUAAAUUUAUUGCUGGGAGGAUUAUUCCUGCGAUUGCAACAGCCACUGCAAUGGCCACAGGACUUGUCUGCCUGGAGCUUUACAAGGUUCUGAAUGGAAUGCAUAAAGUAGAAGAUUUCCGCAACACAUUUGCAAACUUGGCUCUACCUUUAUUUUCCAUGGCAGAGCCUGUCCCUCCUAAAGUUGUUAAGCACCGGGAUAUGAGCUGGUCUAUCUGGGACAGAUGGAUUAUUAAAGAUAAUCCUACUUUGAGGGAGCUUCUUCAGUGGUUUUCUAAUAAAGGGCUGAAUGCUUAUAGUAUAUCAUGCGGAAGUUGCUUGCUCUACAAUAACAUGUUUCCUCACCACAAAGACCGGAUGGACAAGAAGGUUGUGGAUUUGGCAAGAGAGGUGGCCAAGAUGGAGAUUCCAUCUUACCGUCGUCAUCUGGAUGUUGUGGUGGCUUGUGAGGAUGAUGAGGAUGAUGAAAUUGACCUUGACAUACCGCAGAUAUCCAUUUACUUCCGAUAGGUGCUGGAUACACUUCUUUAGAUAGCUGAGAGCUCUUUGCAUGCUUAAAGAUUUUGAUUUACAUCAAUGCCAUCGACAUUUAUACCCCUUUGUAAUUUGUAUAAUUGGCCAUAUAUACAUGCAGUAACGCCGGUGUGUAAUCAUAACUAGUACAUUCUUUCAGAUGUUUGGUAAUAAACCAAUAAUAAAUAAUUUUAAGUGUACAAUUUGAAACCGCAA